AUGGCUGAAAUCGUUGUUAGCGCCGUCAUCACCGUGCUGUGUGAGAAACUGAUCUCCGGUGACUUGAUGAAGCUUGCUCGAUCCGAAGGAAUCGAUUCUCAGCUGAAGAAAUGGAAGAAAAACCUGCCCAUGAUCCAAGCCGUGCUUGCUGAUGCAACCCAGAAGCAGAUUAAAGAGAGAGCUGUUCAAUUGUGGGUGAACGAUCUUCAGUAUUUGGAUUACGACAUUGACGAUGUACUCGACGAUUUGGCCACCGAAGCUCUGCGACGCAAGUUGAAUCAAGAAGCUUAA